ACAUUGAACCGCCAGAUCUUGAAUGUCCACCAAGCCAAAAUCUAGUAGGUGAUAAUGAUUGUAUGGCAUCGCCCACUUGGACACAACCUACUGUUAUGGACAACUCUGGGGAGAUUUUUCUACCAGUAUGUGACUAUAGAAAUGGGAGCACAUUUUCUGAAAUGAACACUACUGUAACAUGUAAUGCUACUGAUGAUUACGGCAACAUUGGGUACUGUACAUUCAACAUUAUCAUUAUAGAUGAGCUUGCUCCUAUACUGGAUUGUCCAGAUGACAUCAUGAUGUGCACUGACACAGGGGUUGAUUCAAUGAAUGCCUCUUGGUAUCCAGCUAAUGCAACUGACACAUGUUGUGGUGAUACUGAGGCAAAUGCUAACUACACAAGUGGAGAUGAAUUUACAGUCGGUGAUACCACCGUAGGAUAUUCCGCAACUGAUUGUAAUGGGAACACUGGAUAUUGUCAGUUCAUUGUUACAGUAACUG